CGAUUUAGAAACAUAUAUUGAGGAAACCUCCACCACGUUUUACUGUUUCUUACGAAGCUUUGUCUUUCAAGAGAGGACAUUAUGGUUAUGCUGAAGAUUUCACCUUUCCUUGCUGUUUAUGCCUUGGUUAUGUGCCAGAUGGAUAGCUCCCAGGCAACCCCACUCAGACCUGGCUUAGACUCUAUAACGGAUCGAGUGACACUCAGUGAUUACGAAGCUCGGCGGUUAUUAAAUGCGUUGGUGAAAGAAUUUGUUCAGAUGAGAGCGGAAGACGUGGAACAAGAGACUGAGGGGAAUAGCAGUGUAACAGCACAGAAAAGGGCAUGUAACACAGCAACCUGUGUGACCCAUCGUCUGGCAGACUUCCUGAGCAGGUCAGGAGGAGUGGGCAAGAACAACUUUGUACCUACCAAUGUGGGAUCUAAAGCUUUUGGGAGGCGAAGAAGAAAUGCUCAAAUAUAAACAUCUGAAUGACACCUGGAAUAUGAUUCCCAUGAAACUGAAAUGUUAACUCCCUUUAGUUUCUAAUGAAAGCAACUCUUCUCCAUAAAUCAAGAAGGCCAAACAGAAGUCUCAUUUUUUGCAUCCUAAUAUUUAAAAAUGUUUUGUUAAAAUCAAAUGAAAGCACUUCUGUUAUGUAUAUUACAAACCAAUCUAAUUAUUCAAGUUAAAUGAUUGUUUAUUCUUUUUAUAUGCAAUUCUAUUUCAAAUAAAAUGUGAUAGCAUCUAUUAUUUAUUUAUCUUCUAGCAUAUAUGUGAAAUGUGAUCCAUGCUAUUUAUCUGGGCAAUACUGCCAAAUCUCGGGGAUUACUCUAAAUUGCUGCCUGUCAAGGCAUAUCUGUAAAAUAUGGAGUGCUGUGCCUUGAUGUAAAACAUUUAAGUAACAUGAUUGUACAGUAUGUUUAAAAACACAUCAAUAUUGUAUCAUUUGUGAAUUUAAGCAAGAUUAAAAAAGUAUUUUAGAUACA